UAGUACCUUCGUAGGCAGCCUAAUCUAUGGCAUACACCUUGCCUUUUACCUGUACAAAAGAUUUGUAGACAAAGUGAUAUUUGGAGUCUUAUGCCAACUUCAGUUACAGAAACUUGAGGCUUCAGUCCACCCACCACCAUCGUCUACCUACUGUAUAGCCUAGGGGGUAUCUGUAAAUUGGUUACAGUAGGAUGGCGCCGUCCUCUGUGAGUACAGAAGACUCUUCCAGGCCACAGCAGGACGUGUCUACGGAUCAAAGAGAAGCGGUACAAGUUUCAACAGUUCUGGGAAGACGAUGAAUCUCUUCUCUGUAGCAGCGCCAGAAGAGAGUACUGUGUGCGUGGUUUGUAGGUCCGCUUUUACUUCAACUAUUUUACAGAUAGAAUGAACACACAAUCAAGCGGGAUGAUACUUUCAUAGUCGGUGCGCUUAUCCCUCGUCCAGUCAAAAAAUGUUUCCGACAAAAUAUUGCAGAACGCUAGUUUGCUUUUGGUUUUAUGCAACGCUGUCUCGAGGGAGCGGAUUCCAACAUUCGACGGUGUUGGAUCCGCACGGAAAGUACCAUCUGAAGUGGAGUUUUAACAGAGAAACGAUCUCCUUUGAAGUUGAAGUGGAAACCACCGGAUAUGUGGGAUUUGGUCUGUCUCCCAACGGUGCUAUGGCAUCGUCAGAUAUUGUAAUUGGUGGAGUCGUAGAUGGGACGCCUUACCUGCAGGACUACCACGCAGACUCCAACAGGAAGGUGCACCUGGAUGAGCAGCAGAGCUACAGGCUUGAGUCAGGCUGGGAGAACAGCACUCACACUAGGCUGGGGUUCAGUAGAGACCUGCUCACCUGUGACACCAAGGACAAGGACAUCACGGAGAGCACAGUGCGUGUGAUCUGGGCCUACCACAGUGAGGAUGUGGGCCCAUCAGGGCCAGUCUACCACGGACUCAACAGAGGCAGGAAGAGUUUACGCCUGCUCACCCCGGCAGCCUCACACACCAGCACCACUGGUUCACAGUUCUUCGACCUGAAGAACAGACAGGUGGCAGUGCCAUCCCGAGACACUACCUACUGGUGCCAGAUGUUUCGGAUACCAGGAACACCCUCCAAACACCACAUAACCCAGGUGCAGCCCAUGAUUCAGCCAGGUCAUGAGAACCUGGUCCACCACAUCCUGUUGUAUCAGUGUGACAGCAAUCUGAAUGAGGAGGAGUUGGAGCAUGGUCAUGAGUGCUACCACCCCAACAUGCCAGACUCAUUCAACACCUGCCAGGCCAUCUUCUUUGCCUGGGCCAUCGGUGGAGAGGGAUUCACCUACCCUCCUCAUGUUGGCUUGUCCAUUGGCACAGCAACAGACCCAGUGUAUGUCCUGAUGGAGACUCACUAUGACAACCCCGGCCUCCUCUCAGGCUUGCAGGACAGCUCUGGCCUUAGAUUCUAUCACAGUGCAACCCUGCGAGAAUUUGAUGCUGGCGUCUUGGAGACAGGCAUGUGGGUCAGCAUCUACCACAUGCUGCCUCCUGGUAUGGAGGACUACACUUCCCAGGGGCACUGCACCAACCAGUGUCUGCAAGAGGCCCUGGGUGAGGAGAUGCCUGGGGGCGUGCGUGUGUUUGCUGUGCUAAUGCAUGCCCAUCUGGCUGGCCGCGCCAUAACCACACGCCACUUCCGGGACAACCAGGAACUGCCUCCCCUGUCACAUGACGCAGAGUUUGACUUCAACUUCCAGGAGUUCCAGCUGUUGGAGGAGGAGACGCCCGUGCUGCCUACAGACAGUUUGAUCACAGAAUGCAAGUACAACACUGCAGGCCGCAGAAAUGUGACCUGGGGUGGCCUAAGCACCAGAGAGGAGAUGUGUCUAUCCUACCUGCUCUACUAUCCCAGAGUGAACCUGAGCCGGUGUGAGAGUCUGCCUCUGAUCAUGGGACAGCUGAACUUCAUAGGAGUUAGAGACAUCACGCCGACCUGGCCAUUCCUGGUGAAGAGCCCCAAGAGGUACAGCAACAUGACCGUUACUGCUGCCUUGGAAACCUUCCGCUGGACCAGGAGGCGGGGGCAAGCCUUCAACCAGCUGGUGCUGCAGCUUCCCAUCAACAUCCGCUGCUCCAAGCUGGGGAUGGAGAACUGGGGGAUCCAGGGGUCAGUGGUGACUCCUCCAGAAGUGCACUCUCUGGCUUCUCCUCCCAGCACCCCUUGCAGCGCUGCAACUCCACCACAAGGGCGCGCAGUUUUGCUCUUCACCUUUCUCCUUAUAUCUCUAGUGCUGCUGUGUCUGGCUCUCUGAACUGUGUGCCAGCGGUCUGGCUCUAAAAGCCAAAUGCCAGGUCACCAUGCACACAUCUGGGCAUGAUGAUAAAGGAGAACUUCAAGCUUUUACCACAACUAACCUCCAAUAAGAAGUUUGUUAAUUAAACACCGCAAGUGUUCAUUUUGUUCGUUGAGUAUUUACAUAAAUAAACAGUCCUGCUGUUAAAUUCAUACUUUAAGAUGAGCUGUGUAGUGUUACCCCCCCCAUACAUCCUCCACCUUGGGGACCUCUCAAGGCUUCUGACACAAUGAAGCUCAAACGAUACCUGUCUUCAGCUGGAUUGUAGACUUUUCAUUGGUGAAAUGCUGAGUCAUGGCUGUUCAUUAGAUUUACAUUUAGUCAUUUAGCAGCCGCCCUUGUCCAGUGGGACUUACAGUAGGUACAGGGACAUUCUGCCCG